UCUUUGUUCCAUUCAGCUCCAAGUCUGAGAAGAUGUACCUUCUUGCUACUCUUCAAUUUCUCAUGCUGGCAUUAUCACUGACUAUGGCUUCUGAAGAAUGUGAAUGCGAACCAAAACCCAACACAUGCAAUAUUAUGCCCUGUGGAUUGCCUGGAAGCAAUGGAUUACCAGGUCGAGAUGGGAGCCAGGGUCCAAAAGGAGAAAAAGGAGACCGAGGAGAGAGAGGAACACUAGGUCCUCCUGGAAAAGUUGGCCCCAUGGGGAUCAAAGGAGAUCAGGGUCCUCUGGGACCCAAAGGACCAAAAGGAGACAAAGGAGAUAUUCAAGAAUUGAUUCAACUUAAGGCUCAAAUGAGUACUUUGCAGGAAGAAAUGAGGAUGCUGAAGGAUCUCAUCAACAAAUACAAAAAAGUUUUGAUAUUGUCUGACAUCAAAAUUGUGGACCAGACAUUUUAUAUGGUAAUAGCAUCUGAAGAGACAUUUGAAGAAGGAAAGAAAUUAUGUUCACAAAGGAAUGCACAGCUGGCAGCCCCUCGGAAUGCCAAAGAAAACAAAGCCCUACAAGAAUUGGCCCAAAAGUUCAACAAGUACAUCUACCUGGGCAUAAGUGAUGAGAUUACUGAGGGCACAUUCAGGUAUCAGAAUGGACAAAUUGUCAGCUAUACCAAUUGGGGACCUGGAGAACCCAACAAUGCUGGAAAUGAAGACUGUGUUGAACUCCAAACCAGUGGCGAAUGGAAUGAUAGAUCCUGUGCAGAAAAACACCCGGUUGUUUGUGAACUUUAGGCUGUACCAUACAUGUUUCAGUGACAACUCCAUUUUCUGAUAUUACUGACAUCUUUCUAAAGGAUUUCCUGGGCAGGGACUUUGUCUUCAUUUAUGAGAUAUGUACAAAACUUGGCUUUUGUCUCAAUUCUUUAAAAAACAUUCAUCACUAAUUUUCUUGAUCUUAUAUUCUCAAGAAACUUAAUUAAAACAAAAGUUCCCACCAAGCUGGAAUAUAAUACCUGUAGAUAAUCAAAGAGGACUUUGAUAGGGGAAUCCCCUCCAAUACUUUUGGACUAUGCUUUAAGAAAAUAUCUAAGACAGCAAUGGAAAGAAUCUUAUAAAAGCUACAAAGAUGGGCAAUGGCCAAAGGGAGAAAAUCCAUUUCAGUUAGGACUCUAAACAUUGUAGGUUUCAGCUUAUUGAAUAAGAUAAUACUUUAAAAAGAAAACAUUUCAAUAUUGCAUGUUAUUGUAUGAUAUUUGCAAAUUCCAUGGAUCAAAAAAAAUUGUAGAAUAACUAAAUUUGAAAGAUGAAUAAAGCUAGUGGACACCCAAAGUGCAAAUUCUCUCUAUAAUAGGUGCUCAUACCACUCUGAAAGGAGUGACAGAAAUCAUGAUACAUUUUGAGGCAGUUUCUAUUGCUGGUCAGCUCUUCUUCAAAAGUUCUUUCUUAUAAUGAAUCCAAAUUUGUCCCCUUCACCAAAAAAUUUCCAGCCAUGGGUCAUUGUCUUCUCAACUACGCAAGGCAAAUAUAAUCUGUCUUCUAUGUACCAUUGUUAAUUACAUACAACUCCUGCAUACAACUUUUUUUAAAAACCACUCAAGAUAAGGGUGCUAUUUCUCCUGCCCCAUGUCUUAUCUUCUCUAAAUAGCCCUCAUUCUAACCACCCUUUUUGUGAUUUCAUUUUAAGCCUCAAUACUAGUCUCUGUAAGCUCCUUGAGAGUACAUUUUUCUUUAUAUAUCCUCUGCCUACCUGUUAUAGGUGUUUAAUAAAUAUUUUUGAUCAGUUGAUUGGCAGUGGAUUCUUUCUGCAGACUAUUGAGAUUUUUUCAAAGCUUUACUUUGUCAUAACAUAGAUUAAAGCAAAAUUUCUUAAACUGUGGGUUGAGAUCUCAUAUGGGAUCACAUAACUGAAUGUGGGAGUCAUAAAAAAGGUAUCAAAAAUCCCACAAAGACUUAAUUGUUUGUGUCAAAAUAAACAAACAUGUCCAUCUCGUUACUAUGGAAAUUUGCUUUUGUCUUUAAUAAAUGAUAAAAUUGCAUGUUUAUCAAAAA